CUCUUUUCAAAGUAUCUUCACAAAGAUGAGUUACCCAUACUACUCUCCUCCGCCACCAUCUACACCACUUUCUCCACCACCACCACCACCACCACCAUCACCAUUGCCAUGUAAUCCUAUCAUGGCACCACCACCACCACCUCACCAUCACCACCACUAUGCCCAUCCUCCUCCACCACCACCACCACCACCACCACCACACCACUACCCUGGCUAUUUUCAGCCACCUCCACCUCCACCAACUCAUGCACCACCACCUCAUUAUGGUCCAACUCCCCCAACUCCAACCCCAUCUUGGGCACCACCACCACACAGUCCAUACCCGAAACCACCACCAACUCAUUAUGGUCCAACUCCACCACCUAAAGUUUCACCAGAAACACACCCAACACCACCACCACCUCAUAAUGGUCCAACUCCCCAACCUCCAACCCCAUCUUGGUCACCACCACAUUCACAUGCACCACCACCUAAACAUGCUUAUCCCCCAACCAGCCCAAACCCACCACCAAAACCACCCACCACUCCAGCUCCAUCACCAACAACACCAGGUAAGGCACCACCAUCAAAAUCCCCAUCAUCUCCACCAACACCAUCAAAAGGUCCAAUACCACCACCAUACCCAAUAUCACCUCCGACUCCAACUUCAUCAACACCACCAACCCCUUAUAGUAUUGUACCGUCCUCACCAAACUUCCCUGGUAAAACCCCACCAAUUUAUGUGCCUCCUCCUCCUCCUCCAAAUGCUUUCCCACCAUCAUUGUCACCUCCAUCAGGGAAUCACAACACAACUAUUAUAGCUGUUGGUGUCUCUUUAGGCGGUGCUUUCUUCCUUGCAUUCAUUUUAGUCGGUCUCUUCUGCUUAGCCAAGAAAAAGAAGCAGAGGCCAGUGAUGGUUCCUGCACCAGUUUGUAUUGAGGAAGAAGAACGAGUCCAUGAAACAAUAGCAACCGGUCCAUAUGGCGAGCAAACAGUGACAAUAGAAGAUGAUGUCCGAAUUCAUGAAGCUGUGGGUACUAGUAGUGGUAUUGGUUUGCAUGGAGGAGGACCUCCGUGUGAACCAGAGGUACCUGGGGCUCACACUUAUCCUCCACCGCCACCAGGACCGUACCAACAUUACUAAAUAAGCAGAAAUCAUCAUCAUCAUCUGUCAUAUGCAUUAUAAUCCUUUCGCUUGUGUGAGGUGCAUUCAUUUUUAUUUUAUAACAAUACUACGGAUAUAUCCAUUUUUCAUACUAAAUUUUAUAAUUUAUUGACUUAUAGAUUGUGAGUGAUCCAUAAAAAAUUGUCGAUUUAUAAAAUUAGAAGUUAUUAGAAAAUAUUUAUCGUACUCACAAUCGUAUAUAUCAAUAUGUUAUAAAUUUAAGUAUGGAAUUAAAUGUGUCUUAGAAUUAUUCUUUUAUCUCGUGUUGGUUUGUAACCCUGUACUAGGUUCGACUGUUUAUUUAUUUUUUAUUUUUAUGUGGAGUGGGUGAAAAAAUAAAGAAUGGAGCAGUGAAAAUGAUGUUCUGCGUAGUGAUUGGCCUAGCGGCUAGCUGAAAGGGAAUGAUGUGGCUAUCAAGUAUCAACAGUGAAUAUAAAAUUUGAAGGUUGUUAGCAAGUAUUACUUUAUGAUAUAAUUGUAAUUA